GUUUGCUUCUUUGUCUUCUUCUACUUCAUAGCUGCGGCAGUGAAAGCAAAAACACAAAGAUAAAUAUGUCUGAAGCGCUCGAGCGUGCACAGCUGAAAACGACGGAGACCUCCAUUGAUAACACCUCGAAGUUGCUUCAGCCUCCCAAUCCCAAGAUUGUCGUUUUGGCCGACCUAAACGACGAUCCACCUGAAACCGAUGGCGGCGAUUCUCUCCCCUCCUCAGCUCCUGACUUCACCAGGUUGGCAAUUGAUGAAAGCAGUCAAGAUAAGAGUACAGUAGUUUGUAAGGACAACGACAUGGUAGAAGGUGAAGGGAAGAGGCUAAACAAGCUUGGAAGAUGCCGUUCGAGAACUAAGGCCGAGUCCCUCCUUGAUGGUGGAGCUGAUGCAGAUGGCGAUUUGCAUGCUCCUGGGGUUCCCUCGUCUCGUGAGGAAAGAGUCAGCAGCCUUAAGACAGCUUUGGUACAUGUUUCAAGAAAGACGCCAAAAAAUGCUCAUGCUCAUUUUAUUCUGGGCCUAAUGUAUCAAAGGUUGGGCCAACCAUCAAAGGCAGUCUUGGCAUACGAGAAGGCAGCAGAGAUCUUGCUUCGUCCAGAGACAGAGAUUGACAGACCAGACUUACUUUCACUAGUUCAAAUCCACCAUGCACAGUGCCUUUUAUUAGAAAGUUCAGGGGAUAGUAGUCGGGAUAAUGAACUUGAACCUGAAGAGCUUGAGGAAAUUCUUUCAAAACUGAAAGAAUCAAUACAAUCAGAUAUCAGGCAGGCAGCUGUUUGGAAUACCCUUGGCUUGAUACUUCUUAGAACUGGUCGUUUGCAGAGUGCUAUUGCAGUUUUGUCAUCUUUGUUGGCUAUUACUCCUGACAACUAUGAUUGCCUUGGGAACCUUGGGAUGGCUUACCUUCAGAGUGGAAAUUUGGAGCUGUCAGAAAAGUGUUUCCAAGAGUUAAUCCUCAAAGAUCAAAAUCAUCCGGCAGCUUUGAUCAAUUAUGCCGCCCUUCUUUUGUGUAAACAUGGCUCAGUUGUUGCAGGUGCUGGGGCAAAUGGUGGAGAAUGUGCUUCUGCAGAUCAGAUUACAGCUGUCAAUGUUGCAAAAGAAUGUUUGUUAGCAUCCUUGAAGGCAGAUCCUAGGGCAGCACACUUAUGGGCUAAUCUUGCUAAUGCAUAUUACCUGAUUGGUGAUCAUAGAAGUUCCAGCAAGUGCUUGGAGAAGGCAGCAAAACUGGAGCCUAAUUGCAUGUCUACUCGAUAUGCUGUUGCAAUCCACCGGAUCAAGGAUGCAGAAAGGUCUCAAGAUCCUAGUGAACAGCUUUCUUUGGCUGGAAAUGAAAUGGCGUCCAUAAUAAGAGAUGGAGAUUCUGCUCUACUUGAGUUUCCAAUAGCAUGGGCAGGGCUUGCAUUGGUUCACAAGGCGCAACACGAGAUUGCUGCUGCAUUUGAAACUGAACAGAACGUGCUGUUGGAAGUGGAAGAUCGUGCUGUCUACAGUUUAAAGCAGGCAGUCACUGAAGAUCCAGAUGAUCCUGUGCAAUGGCACCAGCUAGGCCUCCACAGCCUCUGCACUCGACAAUUCAAGAACUCGCAGAAGUAUCUCAAAGCUGCGGUUGCUCGUUUUAAGGAUUGCAGCUAUGCGUGGUCAAAUCUAGGUAUCUCACUACAACUGUCGGAUGAGCCGUCACAAGCUGAAGAAGUAUACAAGCGGGCAUUGGCAUUGGCAACAACUGAAGAUGCAUACACCAUAUUUUCCAACCUUGGGAAUCUCUACCGCCAGCAGAAAAAAUAUGAACGUGCUAAGGCAAUGUUUUCAAAGUCACUGGAACUCCGACCUGGCUACGCUCCUGCAUAUAACAAUCUGGGUCUCGUAUUUGUUGCUGAAGGUCAGUGGGAGGAAGCCAAGUUCUGUUUUGAUAAAGCCCUCCACGCAGACCCAUUGCUGGAUGCAGCCAAGUCAAACAUCAUUAAAGCAACAGCAAUGUCCCGAUUGUGUGUAGGUUUUUCCUGACAUCUAUCUUCAAGAUCGAACAACACAAGAAAAGGUGGACAGUUUCUUUCUCAACACUGGCUUAGGGCUCUAAAGCGGCAUCGAAACCCAAUAACCUUUAUUUCAUGUGAUCUUACUCCCUAACCUACAAGCCUUUUCUUUCGUCUGCCGGCUGUAGUCAGACUUGACAGGAAAAAGGUGGUAGAUAUAACGCUGCAAACAGAGUUCCACAACGGGCUUGGUGGAAGGUUCACUACCUUCAAGUCGUCCUACAAUUCCGAACAUGGCAACUUCACUAGGCCUGAGCAGCAUUGGCCAAUGGUCAGUACCAUCGUCAGGUGAUCCGUUUUUGGCUGUACAGAAUAUUGCAGACAUUACAGAUGGCGACAACCCUGACCUAACACAACUAUUACCCGUUCUUUCCUCUACAAACAUCCUCGACCAGCUUUAGCUAGACCAACGGAAUGCACAAGUUUGAUAGGAUUUUUGGUGGGGCUUGGUCUUGGUGGCUUAACUACAUCCCGCUAUUUCUGUGCAGCAAAUGCUUCACAAGUCGGAUUUUGCAACAAAAGUUGAAGCUUCGAAUGGCAUUCCUCGACCUGCUUGUUCGAGCAGGAGCACAUAGCCACACACAACUUUUGUUGGUUGUUGAUUAUAUGUACCGUUGUACUUUAUUGUUGUAAUGUGUAUUUUACUCGGUUUAAUUUAAGCUCAAUGUAGUAAGCUUAUGUAGUUUUUGUAGCUUAUGCCUAGAUGUUUGGAUAAACCGUAACGUGUAUGCUUAAUUAAAAGAAGAAAAACCACACACAUGUAUAUGGUAAAUUGGUAAUAUACAGGUCAUCUUUAAUGAUGCAACUUGAUGCUCAGAAUUGAAGUGAGCCACACAUUGAUGCCAGAUCGUUUCAUUACUUUAAACCCUCUA